UGGGAAGUGUAUAAAUUUAAGAAGAACCUCGUACAUCAGAAAGCCCGUUUGAAAAUAAGCCGUUUCCAUCUGAUAUAAGAAGCAAUUUAAAAAUAAUAACGGGAUUCGUAGUGUUUUCAAAAAUAGUUACUUCAUAUCCUAGGUCAAAUAUCUAAUUAUAUCUACAAGUUCAAAACAUUCUUGAACUAAAUUUCACUAAAAUGAGUCGCUUAUAUUUUUGUUUUUGUACUUUGUUCUUUAUUUUGAAUGGAGUUUUAUGUGAUGAAAAACCCAAAAAUUCGACAUUUCAUUUUACUGCCACUCGUGAAGGCACAUGCGUCAAAGUCUACUAUUCCGAAGACAGUUUCUAUAAAAUCUACUGCUUUGAACAAAUCAACAAUACCACUUCUUUAGGACUCACCACGGACAGAAAUGAUACGUUAAUUUAUAGAGGAUAUGGUGAAACUUCGGAAUGUUUCGAAAUCCAAAGAUCUAGUAACCACACGUUAACAUGCUUGAAAUUGCUAUCUGAAAAUUGUAUCGAAUAUAAAAUGAACAGCACUUUUAAAUCUCUCGACGAGAUAGAUCAAAUAAUGUGUAAUAAAACUGACACGAAAACUUAUUUGGGUAUUGGUUAUCAAAAUUUGAACGUGAUCUUUCGAUGCGUGUUAUUUUCGAACGGUGUACCAAAUGGAGAACCGCACGCGAGAUUCUGCUAUAACCGCCCUACUAUAGAACAAAAACUCAAAUUGAAAAAAUCUAAUAAUUUUUUAAGUAAUUUAAUGAAGAUGUUCCAAAAAGAACAAAACUAAAAUCUACUGUAGUUAAAAGUAAAAAUAAUAAACUUCAUUCAUAUCUAUGUAAGUUCGAAAUAGUUCGUGAUCGUUCGGAGUAAUAUGUGCGUUCCAACAAGCAAUGAAAUGGAUGUAAUGUCUGUGGACCAUUCCAACAAGUUCUGAAUCAAUUUCGAACGGUUUUUUAAUCGUCAGAAAAGUAAUUUGUUUAUGGUGCAGUUCAAAAACCUCUCAGAAUGGCGCUAGUGUAGACAAAAAGUAAUUGUAGAUGAAUUCAAGUAAACCGAGCUAAAAAUAUAACCUAAAGAAGUUAUUAUGAGAAUGUGUACCAAUAGUAUUUAUUUUUAAUUCGUUUUUGGCACUUUCUUUGAAAAUUUACCCUCAUGUUAAUGUGGCGCCACCCUUAUUUAACGCAUUUCGACGGACACUUUUCAUAUAUACAGAUUGUUCUUCUAUCUACCCUCCAUAGUUAAAUAUAAUAUAAUUAUUCUAAUUCGUG